AAACGGGUCGGGGGAUCGUGAGCGAUCCCCAUUUCACCCCCAAGCGACGAUUAGAACGCAACGCGCCUCAUUCGGCUUCUUCGAGCUGCUGAACCUUCGGUGCAUCCUUCAUCAUGCAUCGUCAUCGCCGACUGGUACCGACCAGGUCAACGUUGAAGCUCACCCAUAAACCAGCCAAUCAAAAUCAGUGUCACAAUCGAAGUAAUCAGCCUCCAGCUUCUGGUUCUGCACGAGAAAUGGACGAUGAAGAGAACCAGUUCAUCGUCGACGAUGUGACGAAAAUUGUUAAGGACACGAUUGAGGGUCUGCUCACUGGCAACGUGUACCAGCAGGAGAAGGUGAACCAGUGGAGCGCAUCGGUAUCAGAACAGUGUCUGAGCGCGCUCAGCAAGCUGAAGAAGAACUUCAAGUAUGUGGUGACCUGUUCGAUCAUGCAGAAGACAGGGGCUGGUCUGCAUACGGCCAGCUCCUGCUAUUGGGACAGCGCAACUGAUGGGACCUGCACAGUGAGAUGGGAGAACAAGACCAUGUAUUGUGUAGUCACUGUAUUUGGUUUAGCCAUUUAGAGGAUUGGUGCGAAUUCGAAUAAAAUCGUUCAGUGAAGA